UGGAAGGCUGGGUUGCUGCCUGCCACCUUUCCUGCUCACCCAGGGCAGGAGAAUCCAAGGGGUCAGGCCGAUGGAAACUUGGGGGCUGAGGUGGAGAGACACUUGUCGAAAAUGUCCAGUGGAAGCCGUUGAUUUCCACCAGCAUUUCUCCCCCUUGAGUCCUCGAUGAAUUCCGUUGUGAUUCUUUAAGGAAUCUUCACGAGAAGUCCCCAGGUUGCAGUUCCCUUGAGACGGGAAGGCUUGGACUUCAAGAUGCUUAUAAAGGAAUACCGCAUUCCUCUUCCAAUGAGUGUGGAGGAGUAUCGCAUCGCCCAGCUGUACAUGAUACAGAAAAAGAGCCGUGAGGAGACGUGUGGUGAAGGCAGCGGGGUAGAGAUCCUGGAGAACCGGCCGUACACCGACGGGCCGGGGGGUGCUGGCCAGUACACACACAAGGUGUACCAUAUUGGCAUGCACAUCCCCAGCUGGUUCCGCUCUAUCCUGCCCAAGGCAGCCUUGCGGGUGGAAGAGGAAUCCUGGAAUGCUUACCCCUACACCAGGACGAGGUAUACGUGCCCUUUUGUGGAGAAGUUCUCCAUUGAUAUUGAAACUUUUUAUAAACCCGACGCAGGAGACAGUGCCAACGUGUUCAGCCUCUCUCCUAUGGAAAAGAGACAGACCAUACUGGAUCCCAUUGAUAUCGUCAAAGACCCCAUCCCUCCCAAUGAGUACAAGCUGGAGGAGGACCCUCGGCUCUUUCGGUCAGUCAAGACGAGGAGGGGCCCGCUAUCUGAGGACUGGAUCGAGGAGUGCCUCCACCUCCCCAGCCACUUGCCCAUCAUGUGCGCGUACAAGCUGUGUAAGGUGGAGUUUCGAUACUGGGGCAUGCAGUCCAAGAUCGAGAGAUUCAUUCACGAUGUUGGUCUUCGGAAGGUGAUGGUGAGGGCCCACCGACAGGCCUGGUGUUGGCAAGAUGAAUGGUACGGUCUGACCAUCGAGGACAUCCGGGAGCUAGAGAAAGAGGCGCAGCUGAUGCUGUCUCAAAAAAUGGCGCAGUACAUGGAUGGCGAUGGGUAUGGGCCCCAGGAGCCCCCCAGUGAGGAGAAGGAAGAGGAGAAUGCCUUGAGGGAGGCCCCCGAGCCCCCCAGCAGCAACGGGGAGGCCCUCAAGGGGAGAGGCCUGACGAAGCAGUGGUCCACGUCCUCCAAGUCUUCCCGGUCAUCCAAACGAGGAGGGAGCCCUUCUUGCCAAAGCAUCUCAGAGUGGAGAAUGCAGAGCAUAGCCAGGGACUCAGAUGACAGUUCAGAUGAUGAGUUCUUCGAUGCUCACGAGGACCUAUCUGACAAUGAGGAGCCUUUCCCUAAGGAAAUCACUAAAUGGAGCUCAGAUGACCUUAUGGACAAGAUCGAAACCCCUGAAUCAGAUGCGACUGUGAUCACCGCUCCCCCAUGGGCAGAGUUGCGUGAGGUUACAAGUCCGGCAGUCCUUGACAAUCUGUAUACUGAGCCAACAGCCAAUGAAUACUCAGAAGCCAGCAACGUGGAACAACUGAACCUUGCCGAGGAUGAGGCUAGCCCUCCGCUGGUGCAGCCCUCGAAGGUCCACGUCUUGCUGCUGGUGCUACAUGGUGGAAACAUCCUGGACACAGGGGCUGGUGACCAGAGCUCGAAACAGGGCGAUGUCAACACCAUUGCCACAGCUUUUGACACAGUCAUGCGCGUGCACUAUCCUGCUGCCCUCGGCCAUAUCACCAUCAAGCGUCCCUGCCCACCUAUCUGCUCUGAAGCCUUUUCCCUCGUCUCCAACCUAAGCCCCUACAGCUAUGACGAAGGCUGCCUCUCCAACAGCCAGGACCACAUCCCUCUUGCAGCCCUCCCCCUGCUGGCAACCUCCUCACCCCAGUACCAGGAGGCGGUUGCCAUGGUGAUUCAGCGGGCUAAUCACACCUACAAUGAAUUCCUCAAGUCUCAGGAUGGCAUGACCUUCAAUGGGCAGGUCUGCCUGAUAGGGGACUGUGUCGGAGGGAUCCUAGCAUUCGAUGCCUUAUGCUGCAGCAACCAGACUGUUUCGGAAAGUCAGAACAGCAGCCGCCGGGGAAGUGUGGUGAGCGUACAGGACACCGACCUCCUGUCCCCUGGGAUCCUGGUGAACAACACACACUGCUCUGGGGGUGGCAGCAGUGGCGGUGGCAGCAAUGCUGGCGGUGGCGGUGGUGGCGGCGGCGGCGGCGGCAGCAGCUCUAGUGGUGGUGGUGGCGGAGGCGGCUGUAGCGGCAGUGGAAGCGGCAGCUCCAGCCUGGAAAGCAGCCGUCAUCUAAGCCGAAGCAACAUUGACAUCCCCCGCAGCAAUGGGGGUGAGGACCCCAAGAAGCAGCUACCCAGAAAGAGGAGUGAUUCGUCCACUUAUGAAAUGGACACUAUAAAACAGCAUCAGGCCUUUCUCUCCAGUCUACACUCCAGUGUGUUGCGGAACGACCCCAGCUCCCGUCGCUCAAGUAGCUCCACCAUGCUGGAUGGAACUGGAAGCCUUGGGAAGUUUGAAUUUGAGAUCUCAGACUUCUUCCUCUUUGGCUCCCCCUUGGGGCUGGUCCUGGCCCUAAGGAAGACGGUCAUCCCCGCCCUGGAUGUCUUUCAGCUUCGGCCCGCCUGCCAGCAAGUCUAUAACCUCUUCCAUCCUGCGGACCCCUCGGCCUCCCGUCUUGAACCUCUCUUGGAGAAGAGGUUCCAUGCCCUGCCCCCUUUCAACAUCCCCCGCUACCAGCGCUUCCCCCUGGGCGAUGGCUGCUCGACCUUACUGGCGGACAUCAUCCAGUCCAACAAUGCUGUCUUCACGGAGAACGCGUCCCCUUCCUCUCCCGGUACGGCCCCCCCCUUCCGCCGGGCCAGUGAGGUCAGCAUCACCAGCCAAGUGUCCGGCAUGGCAGACAGCUACACUGCCUCCAAUAUUGCCAACAAGACCCCAUCGGCCCUCAGUCACACCCCCAGUGUCAGGCGCCUGUCCCUGCUUGCCCUCCCCCAGCAGCCCCCGGCCACCUCGGUGUCCCAGAGGCUCAGGCCUCAGCCAAGGGAGCUGCCCCUCAGCCCUGUAAGAAAGAGGUUGGCGGGGGAUCUGAGUCCAAGCCUGGACCGAGUCCCCAAUCUGGACAUCGGAGAAGUUGCCGCCAAAUGGUGGGGAACAAAGCGGAUCGACUAUGCCCUAUACUGUCCGGAUGCCCUCACUGCUUUCCCCACCGUGGCUCUCCCCCACCUCUUCCACGCCAGCUACUGGGAAUCCACCGAUGUGGUCUCCUUCCUGCUAAGACAGGUCAUGAGGCAUGAAAACGCCAGUAUCUUGGAGCUGGAUGGCAAGGAAGUAUCUGUGUUCACCCCCUCAAAGCCCCGGGAAAAGUGGCAGAGGAAAAGAACCCACGUAAAGCUGCGGAAUGUCGCUGCUAAUCAUAGGAUCAAUGAUGCCAUAGCCAACGAGGAUGGUCCUCAGACCCUGACGGGCAGGUUCAUGUAUGGGCCCUUAGACAUGGUCACCCUGACAGGGGAGAAGGUGGACAUUCACAUCAUGACGCAGCCGCCAUCCGGGGAGUGGGUCCAUUUUGACACGCUCAUCACCAACAGCAGCGGGCGAAUCUCCUACACCAUCCCUGAGGAGCAGCGUCUGGGCGUCGGUGUCUACCCCAUCAAGAUGGUGGUCAGGGGGGACCACACAUCCGCAGACAGCUACAUCACCGUCCUACCCAAGGGGACAGAGUUUGUAGUCUUCAGCAUUGAUGGUUCCUUUGCCGCCAGCGUCUCCAUCAUGGGCAGUGACCCCAAGGUGCGAGCAGGUGCUGUGGAUGUAGUAAGACACUGGCAGGACCUCGGCUACCUCAUCAUCUACGUGACAGGAAGGCCCGACAUGCAGAAGCAGCGGGUAGUAGCCUGGCUGGCACAGCACAACUUCCCUCAUGGGAUCGUCUCCUUCUGUGACGGCCUCGUACACGACCCUCUGCGGCAUAAGGCCAACUUCCUGAAGUUCCUCAUCACUGAGCUGCAUAUGCGGGUGCAUGCUGCCUAUGGCUCCACCAAGGACAUCUCCGUCUACAGCUCCAUCAGCCUGUCCCCCAUGCAGAUCUACAUCGUUGGCCGUCCCACCAAGAAACUGCAGCAUCAGUGCCAGUUCAUCACCGAAGGCUAUGCCGCCCACCUCGCUCAGCUCAAAUACAACCACCGAGCCAGGCCAGCCAAGAACAGCACCAGGAUGGCCCUGCGCAAAGGCAGCUUCGGCCUCCCUGGCCAAGGUGACUUCCUGCGCAAACGGAACCACCUCUUGCGCACCAUCUCCUCCCAACCCGCAGGGCCCAGCCACAAGCACGAGCGGACGCAAAGCCAGUCGGACAGCGAGCGGGAGCGCGAGCGGGAGCGGGGUCAGCGGAGCAUGAGCGUGGCCACGGGGUGCUGGGGCCGCCGGCCAGAGCCGGGGGCCCCCCCAGGGCCCAAGUAGAAGUGCCCGCCUCCCCGCGCCCCCCCCUCAGGAGCCGGCCCUGGAGCGGCCCCAGAGCGGGAGGUGUCACCAUGGUGCUAGGAGGCAAGGGGGGACAGAGCCACGCAGGCUGCAGAUCCUGGGCAGGCAGGCGGGUGCCAGCCUGCAAGUGGACUGAGAGGCCAGAGCUGAAGCUGGGAGGCCUUGGACCCCAUCCCAGGCCCGGGGGGGGGGGGCAGUCUUGGCUCAGGCCUCGGGCAUUUUGCUGCUUCUGCCACAGACAAGCACAGGACAUGGCCUGUCUCUGUUCCCAGGGAUGGGAGACGCCAAGCAGUGACUCUGGUCCCCUUCUGACCCGGGGGCUUUCCUGACAGCCCCCGACUGAGAGGCUCGGCCAGCCUCCUCUAACCACACCUUGGCCAGGAAGCAGGGCUCGAUCCUGACCUGCAGGGAGAAGGGAUCCCCCAAUCCUCUGCCAUGAAGGCGGGGGCAGAGCAAGGCAGGAGGCGGGGACACCGUCCCCCAAAGGGACUUCUCAGCGGGGCUCUGUUCCCGACAUUUUGGAGCUCGGGGUCUUCGGUUCUCUCAGCAGCUGGCAGCAUCCUGCAUCUGCCAACAAAUGCAGGGAAAUCACACCCUCCCACUCCCCCAUUGCUGGGGGCGCACGGGGCUCCCCAUCUCAGCCCCUGAGAACAGACCAUCCCCACCUGCUGCUCUCUGCCCCGCCCCCACCGCCAUGUAUAGUCUCACCAAAACCCCUGCAGCUCAUUCACCCCCGAGCACUGGAGAUGAUCCAGCUAUGUGCGUUCUCUGUAAUCCAAGUACAGGGUUGGAGGCGUCCCCCCCCCCCCCCCGUCC